AUGUCGGGUGCCGCUGAUCGAGAGGCCGUAUUCCCAACCCGGCAGUCGCUGGGUCUGAUGAAGGCGAAGCUGAAGGGCGCAGAGACGGGUCACAGCUUGCUGAAGCGGAAGAGCGAGGCACUCACGAAGCGUUUUCGGGAGAUCACAAGACGAAUUGACGAAGCCAAACGUAAAAUGGGUCGCGUAAUGCAGAUUGCGUCUUUCUCGUUGGCAGAAGUCACAUACGCCGUCGGGGGCGACAUUGGGUACCAGAUCCAGGAGUCUGCGAGGUCAGCGCGCUUUCGUGUUCGCACCAAGCAGGAGAACGUUUCUGGAGUGCUUCUGCCGACCUUUGAAAGUUACGUCACUGAAGGGAACAACGACUUUGGACUCACUGGCCUCGGCAAGGGCGGCCAACAAGUUCAGCGUUGCCGCGAAACCUACGCUCGUGCUGUGGAGGCCCUUGUCGAGCUAGCCAGCCUGCAAACUGCUUUCGUGAUCCUCGAUGAGGUGAUCAAGGUUGUUAAUCGUCGAGUGAAUGCAAUUGAACAUGUUAUCAUCCCACGCACCGAAAACACGAUCAAAUACAUCAAUUCCGAGCUCGAUGAACUGGACAGAGAAGAGUUCUACCGCCUGAAAAAGGUUGCAGGAAAGAAACAAAGAGACACCGCUGCGGCUGAUGCGGAAAUGAAGGCGAAGAGAGAAGCUGCUCUAAGCAGGACCGGACAGAAUGAUAAGGUGGACGACGGCCCUACUGACUUGCUAGCCGCCGAGGAGGACAACGACGUUAUUUUCUAG